AUGACUCUCUCUAUGAGGCCCCAGAACUACAGCAUGGUCUUUGGCUUGUCUCUAGGAUAUUUGCAUCGAAUCAUUCAGGAAAUGACACUGAUCCUACCUUCAAAAUUUAUCCAGAAUCGGAAUGGUCAAGUACCUUGUGCAUGGUUCAUUCUUUAUGCCAUCACGCUGCGGUUGGUGUCAGCUUGUCCUGCGUCUUGUGUGGUAUGCACCAAAGAUGUAACCCUCUGGCACCAGCUAACCUAUAUAGUAGCAGCCCCUGUGACCUCCAGGGUUCGCAUCAUCACUGAUGGACAUCUCUCCUCUAUCGAGAGCACAAACCUGUCUCUCUUGUUCAAUCUGGCGCUGCUCUCGCUGAGCAGACACUAGAUCAAGGACGCUGGGGAAGAGGCCCUGCACGGGCUGACACAGUUGCGCACCUUACUGCUGGGACACACCCAGAUCUCCAGCUCUUCGUUCAGCGACCACACCUUCAGCGAGCUCCACAGCCUGCAGGUACUGGUGCUGAGCAACAAUGCCGUCCGCACCCUGUGGGGUUCCUGGUUCCGAUACACCAGGGGCCUGACCUGGCUCCAGCUGGACGGCAACCAGAUCACCAGUCUUGCCGACAGCUCCUUUGCAGGCAUACUCAUCCGCAGUCUCGGGCAUCUGCACUUGUCUAACAAUUUUAUUUCCUAUAUUGAGAGAGAGGCUUUCCGACCCCUGCCUCAACUGCAGGAAGUGGACCUUUCCCAAAAUAGGUUGGCCCACAUGCCUGAUGUUUUUAGUCCGCUGAAGCAGUUAAUCCUUCUGAGCUUAGAUAAGAACCAGUGGAGCGGCACUUGGGAUCUCUACCCCCUUGCUCGAUUUUUAAGAACCUACAUUUCCUCUUCCGCUCUUAUGCUCACGAAUGCCAGGGACCUAAAUUGCAAGGCACCGGCUGCAGCUAUGGCCACCACAAGGAGUCUGCUAAGGCUUUCCGAGACCAACUGUGACCCCAAAGCUGCCAACCUCACUCUGGUUCUGAAGGACAGAGGUUCCCUCCUCCCCGGGCAGGAUGUGGCCCUGCUGACCGUCCUUGGCUUUGCAGGAGCUGUUGGUCUCACUUGCCUAGGUUUAGUUGUAUUUAACUGGAAACUCCAACAAGGCAAAGCAAAUGAACACACAUCAGAAAACCUUUGUUGCAGAACCUUCGAUGAAUCCCUGUGUGCUCAUGAGGCAAGAAAUUACCACGCUAAGGGAUACUGUAACUGCCACUUAACUCAGGAAAGUGAGAUAAAGGUCAUGUCCGUUGUGGGGUCCAGAAAGGAAAUGCCACUUUUACAGGAAAAUAGCCAUCAAGCAACAUUGGCCUCGGAGUCCACAGCCCUUGACGGAUCAUUUAGAAACCUGAAAGGGAAGGACCAUGGGGCAGACAGCACUUUCUUUUGCCUGGAUAGCAGAUUGCUGCAGUCAGGAUGUUCAGAGCCUCCUGGGACUGUGGCAGCUUUUAAUGAAGCAGCCUUACUUACAAGAUGUUGUCCAAAGAGAGUUGAAAAUCUAAGGAAGUGUGAGACUGGAGAAAUCCAAACUGAAACCCUGCCACAGUGCCUAACAAGAGCAAUAGAUAUCAGCAGUGACACAUUUAGAAGAUAUGCAGCAUCCACUUCAGCUUUGGCAAGGGAAAGUCUUGAAAAGCAUUUAACAAAUGAAUCAUGGCAGCCUCCAAUAGAAAAAGAAGACAAUGGCUUACAACCUCACAGGCAGAGACAUUUUAUUACAAGCUCAUCAUCCAAGCCUUGUGUACAAAAGAUCUUACAAAAACAAAGAUCAAAAUAUGAUGAUCCUUAUGGACUGUUACAACACAGCAGGCCUAGGUACUUUCAAUCAAAUAGUCCUCUUAUCUGUAAAUAUGUGCCCUGUGAUCAAUUGCAAGAUUAUAUGAAAGAAAGGAAGAUAAAUCACAGAGAGCAUUCAAAGCCUGAGAAAGAGCAAAUCCAAAUUAACAAUGCAAUAGAAAAAUUUCUUUUGGGUGAAGACAACAGAGAUUUUCCAGGGCUAUCAACAAAAAUCAAGAAAAUGUAUUCACCAAAGAGGGUUAGCUUCCACAAUCCUGAUUUAGUAGAAAAAGACAUGUUGCUGGUAUCACCAAAAAGAUCAAACCAUUGGAAACUGCAGGAAAAUCAUAGUAACCAACUGACAAACUUGGAUCUCAAAAAAUGUAACAAUCCUAGGGAGAGAAACAAAGGAGGAAAAUGGUUUAUGGAUUCAGAGAUUCUGAAAAUGAAGAGAACUGGUCAAUCUGAUCUCAAAAGGAAAACUAAAGGACACAAUUUAAGGAUAAAAUUAAAUUUACAUCCUUUUAAAAAAGUCAGAGUUCAUCCAGAAAAAUGCCUGCCAGAAUUUCAAAAGAAACACAAACAUGCAUUGCUACCUUCUAAAAAAUUACCCAAAACUUCUGAGAAAAAAGCCAAAAUCAAUCUUACGUCUUCUGCAGAUUUUCCUCAAGAGCAAGAGAGGAACAAUCAUGUUAGACUCCCUUCAAAGUGGGUCCCUCUCAAACACGCCCCAAAGCAGACCUCAUACUGCAGAAGAAACACUAAAAGUGCCCCUGUGCUCGGUGCUAACACCAGGUCUUUAGAAGGCAGUUGUCACCCAGCUAGUCACAUACCCAACAGAAGUCUGUCAACAUUGCCUGAGUCUCCAACCACUGAUGCUGUGUGUAGGCACUCAAGUUCUCAGUUCUCAGCUGAGCAAAUGGAGGGUGCAACUCAGCUCACAUUAGAAGUUCCUGGUGAUUUACAAGCUACUUGGGAACAUAAAGGGAGUGAUGUUUUAUCAUCCCAGAAUUUCAGGAAGACUAUUGACCAAGGGGCAACAGAGCUCCCUGAGCACGUGGGGCAGAAUAAAUCAAACACCAGUGAGUUAAAGCAGUAUUCCUUGUCCCCAAGGAAUCAACCACAAGUUGCAGGUGUUUACAAGACUGAAACCUACCACGAGGAGUAUACAUUAGGUGAAAACCAAGUUUUACAACAGGAAAAGCAAAAUCCAAGUUAUGAGCAACACAGAAAUGAAGAAAAGACAUUAACAACUAAACCCAAGCUAUUACAUCAAAUUGUGGAAUGUUUCAAGAUGGAUAAGGAAGGAAAUGAUGUAGGGGAAAAACUUCCUAACACAGAAACUUGUGAUUCCUCUCUCAUUCCCCUGACACAGCCCAAGAACACCCUACCAUUUAUGAAGACAAAUUCUAUUCCGUUCCAAAAUAGCAUAGAACUUCCCGAGGAUAUCAGUACUUCUCUAAGUAGUCAAGCCAUUUGGCAUCUAGCCAACAGUAGUGAUAAAGGAACUGACAGCAUAAAUGCAUUGCCCAGAGAUGAUGGCAUUGAAGCACUAGAGACAAAAAUAGUAGGGAAAGAAGAGAAAAACAUGCUCUAUGAAAGCAAGACAAAUUCUAGUAUGUUAAUUCAGACCACAACAAUGACCUUAAAAAGCUCCACAAAAGGAAUGCUGCAAACUUGGGAAAAUGGAAAAAGUGAAAAACAUUUAUUGAGUAAUUCAAGUUCUGACAAGGAGGCCAUUGCAGCUAAAGAUUUGAGGAUGACAAGUUCCUGUGAAACCCAAAAUAGAACACCUCAUAGUGAAACUGAUCUCCACAUUAGCAGUAAUAUGCAUAAUUUCAACAUGCAAAAUAUUCAACCAGAUAACCGUGCACAGAAAGAAGGUGCAGUGACAGUGGGUGACACAUGCAGUGCUGUCCCUCUUACCAGAGUUAAAGGCAUACAUUUUGAGGCAGAGAAUGAGGUGCCUCUAAUUCCUAGCAGAAUAAAUGAAGCUGAAAACUCUGCUCCAAAACCUGUACUGUAUCCACCAUCUGGUGAAAAUGCUAAUAUGUCACCUUUAGAGGCAGAACAAAGUGAGCAAAAUCACUCAAAUAAUAAUUAUUUUCUACUUUAG